CCAAAUUUGCUCCCGAGCCCCCAUUCCCACGGGCCAUGUAGGGGCCUCCCUAUCCGAGAUUCCCUUCUCGUCUCCGCUCGUCUCCUCCUGGCGGCCUCUCCUCCCCAUCCCGGCGCCGCCGCUCCCCCCCUCCUCCCGGCGGCCUCCUCCCCAUCCCGGCGCCGCCGCUCGCCCCCUCCUCCCGCGCGGCCUCCUCCCCAUCCCGGCGCCGCUCAUCUCCUCCUCCCAUGGCCACGCGGGUCAACGGCCGUUUCGCCUCAGCCUCCUACACCGUGGCCGCCGGCAACCUCCACCACGACGGGCCGCCUCUCCCUCACCGCGGCUGGCGGCCUCCUCCACCGCAGCGACGGCCGCCUCCUCCAUCGUGGACGCCGGCCUCCUCUGCCGCGCCGGCCGCUUCUUCCUCUACCGGCGCCGGCCCUUGAUUUGUUUUUUUUGUUUUUUUUCUGUAAAAUGGAUGAAUGUUGAUCAGAUUUGAUGAAUGUUGGUCAAAUUGGAUGAAUCUUGAUCAAAUGGGAUGAAUGUUUUUGAGUUGGGGGCUGUGAAAUAGGGGCUACUGCUGGAGCAAGAAGCAAUUUUUGAACCCCUAUUUAGUGGGGCUGGCCUAUUUGCAAAUUUAGGGACUCAGUUUAGGGACUGGACAUGCUUUUAAAAUAAUUUCGGUUACCGCGCGCGUGCUCCCAUGGUUUGGCAGAGGAGCCACACGGAGUACCACUUCAUGCCCCACGGUCUCACCCCGGCACGCUAUAAAUACACAGCCUCACGCCUCCUCCAUCCUCUGCAUCACACGCAAGCGCAAAAAUAAUCAGCUUUAAUUCGAUCUAGCUCCACCUGCAGGCUGCAGCAGCUUCUCAAUCGUUCUCAGGAGAGAAAAGCAAUCGCACAGAGCCAAUCGAUCAUCACCUUUCACACCGAUCGAUCGGCCAUGGACAGCCUGCCUAAGCGCGACGGCAACUACGUGCCCCUCAGCCCCGUCACCUUCCUGCCCCGCGCCGCCGCCGUCUACGCCGACCGCACCUCCGUCAUCUGCGGCGCCACCUCCUUCACCUGGCGCCAGACGCACGCCCGCUGCCUCCGCCUCGCCGCCUCUCUCCAGGCCCUCGCCGUCUCCAAGAACGACGUCGUGUCUGUUCUGGCGCCCAACACGCCGGCGCUGUAUGAGAUGCACUUCGCGGUGCCGAUGGCCGGCGGCGUGCUGAACGCCAUCAACACGCGGCUGGACGCGUCGGGCGUCGCCGCCAUCGUCAAGCACGCCGACCCCAAGCUCCUCUUCGUCGACUACCAGUACAUCCGCCUGGCCACGGACGCGCUCAGCUCUAUCCUCGCCGCCGCGGACUCCACGGGCACGGCGGCAGCCCUGCCUCUGCUGGUGGUGAUCGACGACAUCGAGAACCCGACGGGGCUGCGGGUGGGGGAGCUGGAGUACGAGCAGCUGGUGGCCCGUGGCGACCCGGCUCAGCACCCGCCGCGGCCUGUGGAGGACGAGUGGGACGCCGUGGCGCUCAACUACACCUCCGGCACCACGUCGUCCCCCAAGGGCGUCGUCUACAGCCACCGCGGCGCCUACCUCAGCACCGUGGGCCUCCUGCUCCAGUGGGGCGUGGCCCACGAGCCCGUCUUCCUCUGGUCGCUCCCCAUGUUCCACUGCAACGGCUGGACCUUCACCUGGGGCGUGGCGGCCCGCGGCGGCGCCAACGUCUGCGUCCGGGCCCCCACGGCCCAGGCCAUGUACUCCGCCGUCGUGGCCCACGGCGUCACCCACAUGUGCGCCGCCCCCGUGCUCUUCAACGUCCUCCUCGACGACGCCCCGCCCGCGCCAUUGCCGCGCCGCGUCGAGGUCCUCACAGGCGGCGCGCCGCCGCCGGCCGCCCUGCUGGAGCGAGUAGAGAAGCUCGGGUUCCACGUGACGCACGCCUACGGCAUGACGGAGGCCACGGGCCCGGCCAUGGUGUGCGAGUGGCGUGAGCGGUGGGACGCGCUGCCGCCACCAGAGCGCGCUCUGCUCAAGGCCAGGCAAGGCGUGAGCGCGCUCUCCCUGGCCGGCGCCGGCGUCAAGGACCUCCAGACCAUGGCAAGCGUGCCCCGCGACGGCGCCACCAUGGGCGAGAUCGUGCUGCGCGGAAGCAGCGUGAUGAAGGGGUACUACAAGGACCCCAAGGCGACGGCGGCCGCGUUCAGGGCGGGCUGGUUCCUGACGGGCGACGUCGGCGUGGUGCACCCGGACGGCUACGUGGAGAUCAAGGACAGGUCCAAGGACGUCAUCAUCUCCGGCGGCGAGAACAUCAGCAGCGUCGAGGUGGAGGCGGCGCUCUACGGCCACCCGGCGGUCAGGGAGGCGGCGGUGGUCGCCAUGCCGCACCGCCACUGGGGCGAGACGCCGUGCGCCUUCGUGGCGCUGAAGAAGGAGUUCUCCGCGGGGGAGGUCAGCGAGGAGGAAGUGGUGUCCUUCUGCCGGAACAAGAUGGCGCACUUCAUGGUGCCCCGGAAGGUGGUGUUCAUGGACGAGCUGCCCAAGAACGCCACGGGGAAGGUGCAGAAGCUUGCGCUCCGGGAGAGGGCGCGCGGGCUCAGGCCCAGGGCUCCCGAGAAGACGCGGCCCGGUCCGGCCCAUCCUGCCGCGUUGACCGCCGCAUCCAGGCUUUGACGUACUUAUUUUCUGGCUUGCUUAUUUGGUGGCAAUAAGGAGCAGACGAUGAGAUGUUGGUAUUUAUUUGUAUGUAUAAUUCAACAAGUAUUGUUUGAAAAAAUCUUCUCGCUUCGAUC